AUGGCCGAAGAAAACCGGGAAAAGACUUCCUUCAUCACUGAGGAAGGGACUUACUGCUAUCAGACAAUGCCAUUUGGGCUAAAAAACGCUGGAGCUACCUACCAGCGCCUGGUCAACAAGUUAUUCCAGAAUCAGAUCGGUAGGAGUAUGGAGGUCUAUGUGGACGAUAUGAUUAUCAAGAGCCGAACUUACCAACGGCUCGUUCCCGACUUGAGGAAGAUCUUGGAUAUCCUGUGGGAGAGCCGGAUGCGGCUGAACCCAAAGAAAUGCACCUUCGGGGUUAGGUCGGGAAGAUUCCUAGACUUCUUUGUGUCCCGAGAAGGGAUCCGGGCCAAUCCGGAUAAGCUCCACGCCAUCAUAGACAUGACCCCUCCGAGGAACAGAGAAACCCUGUUCCUAUACUUGUCUGAUUAUAGCGAGACCGUUAGCGCCGUUUUGGUGCGGGAGGACAGAGGGGCUCAAAGGCCAAUAUACUACGUCAGCCGUGCUUUACAAGGGCCAAAAACGCUGUACACACCGGCAGAAAAAUUGGUCCUUAUCCUGGUGCACGUUAACCGGAAACUCCGACUUUAUUUCCAGGCCCACAGUAUUAUUGUCAUGACUGAUCAGCCCUUACGACAGAUACUCACAAAGCCUGAGGUCUCGGGCAGAAUGACCAAGUGGGGCGUCGAACUGGCCGAGCACGACAUCGGCUAUCAGUCUCGCACCGCUAUCAAAGCUCGGACCCUGGCAGACUUCCUUGCUGAGGGAGCCUGUUUGUCCGUGGCUGAGCCGAGCUCUUUGUCCAAGGAGGAACGGCCGGAAGAGCCGUGGGUACUAUUCGUGGACGGGGCCUCGAGCAAGGAAGGGAGCGGAGCCAGCCUACUGCUCACCUUACCCAUCGGGGAAGAGCUGACCUACGUGCUCAGAUUUGACUUUCCGGCAUCUAACAAUGAGGCGGAAUAUGAGACCCUAUUGACCGGAUUGCGGAUAGUCCACCAGAUGGGUAUAACCGCGAUCAAAAUCCGGAGUGACUUGCAACUCGUAAUCCACCAAGUUUGCGGAGAGUACGAGGCCAAGGAGGACAUCAUGAAAAAAUACUUGGCUAGGGUACGAGAAGCAAUCACCCUAUUUGAUAUUUUUGAAAUCGAGCGGGUGCCAAGAUCACAGAACAAGCCCGCGGACGCUCUGUCAAAACUGGCGUCUUUCUCGUUUGCUCACCUGAACAAGGAGGUCUUGGUGAAAGUAGUCAGGCAAAAAAGCAUCGACCAGAUCCAAGUCUUGGCUAUAGACAGCCCGGCCUCUUGGAUGACUCCCCUCGUGGACUUCCUUAGUUCAGGUGUCCUCCCCGGGGACAAAACCAAGGCUCGCCGACUACAGCUCAGGGCUACCAAGUACGCCUACGUUGGGGGGACCCUCUACAGGAGGUCGUAUUUGUCCCCCUGGAUAAAGUGCGUGACUCCUGAGAAGGGCGACUACGUCCUCCGUGAAAUUCAUGAAGGCUUAUGUGCGGCGCAUGUGGGAUCCCGAGUGUUGGCCAAAAAGUGUCUGCUCCUAAGCUACUAUUGGCCCUUAGUGUUUCGAGAUGCCGCGGCGCUAGUUCAGCGGUGUCGAGCUUGUCAGGUGCACGCCCCGCUGCGUCACCAGCCAACUCAGGAGAAGAUUCCCAUCCACAGUUCUUGGCCCUUUGCCCAGUAG